AUGAAAGAAGCUUUAACGACUUGGUGCUCAACAAAGACAAAUAAAGAGAAUAUAAAAUAUCUAGCUUAUGGUAAGACAACAGAAGGAAAUAACAAACAUGGCUAUGUUUUCUUUAUAUUAGAAAACCAAGUAGAUAUAAUGAGAAAACCAUUCGUAAAUAUCAAUGGGAAAGAAAUGAAGAUAAAUUUCAGUCCGUUUACAAAAUUAGACGCUUUCGACGGUUCAUAUCUGAGUAUUAUUGAUGACAUAAAAAACCAAAGUAAAAAACACAAAACAAAAGCUGUCUUCGAAGAAUAUGGUAAUUUAAAGACGACAAAGGGGUACAAGGUUGGGGAUUCGAUGAUAGAACAAUCCCUUAGGAUGAACUCAAAAGCUGAAGCAAUCGCUUAUUUAAGAAAUAUAAGCCCAGCCUGGGUAAUGAACAAUGAAAAAAUUCAGCGAAAUGUAUGA